AUGCUGAAUUCGUCCGCCAUUGCUAUUGCCAUUACGGCGGUCUUGUGCCGUGUCUUCUAUACUAUAUUCUAUUCCAACAGCUUAGCUGCGAAGAAGCGGGCUCUAGCGCACAUUCCAGAGGUCCGUUUCGAUACGGACGAUAGGCCUGAGCGAUACAGAACAGAGACUCGCUCACUAAUUCAGAAGGGAUACGAAAAGUACCUCCAGCAUGGCGUCGCGUUCCAGAUGCAUAACCCAGUCGAAGAGUUAGGUAAUCAAGUGGUUCUUCCGACUAAGUAUUUGGAAGAAGUCAAGCGCGCUCCUAGGUCGACGUAUAGUUUUGAAUCUUUCUCAGAGAAACUGUUUCUCCUGAGCUACAUCGAUGCCCCUCGUCAGACUGAUGCUCUUCUUUACGCGGCCAAAUUGGACAUCAACAAGAACCUAGAUCAUGUCAUAAACGGGCUGUGGAACGAGGCCGAGGUAAUACUCAAGGAGACAAUUCCUGGGACUGGUUGGAAGACCAUUCCGGGGGGCGAACUUACCUGUACCAUUAUUUCGCGCACGAUGUCGUAUGUCCUCGUUGGUCCCACGCUGUGUCGAAACCCCAAAUGGCAGCAGAUCGCGAUAGAUGCCACGUUUGCCAUCGUCGAAGGCACCAUGAAUCUUCGAGCUAAAUACUCGCCAAACUGGAGAUGGUUAUCCCGAUGGCAGGACCACUCAGCAGAAAGGCUUGGGGUGAUUCGAAAACAAGCCAUGGAGUUAAUUAAGCCAUUAUACGACGAAAGACUGCGUGCUAUCAAUCAGAACAGCAGCCACGACGAGAACGGGUUCGAAAAGUUCCACGAUACCAUUUUUUGGGUCAUGAAUAAAAGAAAAGUGGAUAGAUCGCUGAAAGCAGUCGUUAACCAGCAACUAUUUUUAACCUUGGCAUCUAUUCAUACUACAGCGGGGACAUUGCAAUCCAUCUUGUGUGACUGGCUCGCCCACCCUGAGUAUCAUACCGAUAUUUUGGCGGAGAUAAACGAAGCUAUAGUUGAAAUGAAGUCUUCCGGUGGCAAAUGGACUCAACAGCGAGUCGCCAAGAUGAAAAAGCUAGAUAGUUUCAUGAAGGAGAGCACACGGGUAAACCCGGUCGGAUGCAUGACAGUUCAGCGCUACGCGCAGAAGUCCCAUACCUUUAAGGACGGAUUCUUCUUACCGGCUGGUACUAUCUUCCAGUUUCCCGCUGACGCCGUUCAUCACGACCCGAACCUUUUCCCCGAACCAGAAAAGUUCGACGGGUAUCGAUUCCUCCGCCUUCGCGAAAAGGACCCGAACCAAUUCCACUACGGGUACGUCUCAGACACGACUCUGAACUGGGGGGCUGGUACGCAUGCCUGCCCAGGACGAUUUCUGGCGACUUUGGUUCUCAAAUUUGCAUUCAUCUUAUUAAUCACCCAGUACGACGUUAAAUUUCCAGACGGCACGGGGCAACCGGGAUACGUGUAUUUCGACAAUUCAGUGCGGGUGGAUCCAACGGCAAGACUAGAUCUAAAGGCUCGUGCCUAG